GCCUCGGCCGCGCUCGCUACGGCCGGCACGGCGCAACACAGCACACGUGGACGGCGUCCUGGUUACUCCAUCAGUCAAGUCGUGUGCCACUCCGCCUCCGGUCCUGAUUCAUUCGUCAGGACUGAAUGGAUGGACAAUUGAUGACCCGGAAUUGUUUUGCCCGAGUCUUUCUCCCUUCGCCUCACCAACGAGGACUCGUCAGCCGAUCCAAUUUUCCCUCAGCAGAGGCCGAUAUUGUUGUGCCCGGCAGCACCCCCACCACAGCUUCGUGCCUCCUUUUCGUCGGCCAGUCCCAGUCCCAAUCCACCCACCCGGUCGUCGCCUACGCGGCACGCCUGCGCGCCACGAUGGCCACCGGCAAGAUGCGCAUGAGCAACCUCGACCUGAUGAGGGCGGCUGACGCGUUCCCUUACCCAGAUAAGCCAACCGAGGCAGCCGACCAUGCGGCGCUCAUGGCGACGCUGUACACGCUGCUCUGGCAAGACGGACACACAGUGCUGGGCUACCUGCGCGAACACGUCGUUGACGCUCUGCUCGCGGUGCCCGAGCCUAUUCGUGGUCCCGUAACAGUGGACAGAGCCGCGCGGACCAUUCACGCCUUUGAGAACGAAGCAGGGGAACUCGCCCGCACGGCGACGGUAGGCAGGGUCAUGGCGUACUGGCGUGAGCAGGGCACAUUCGAGGUGCUCCGGGGCUGGCGGGACGAGCUGUGGCCCGUAUACAGGUCCGUCGACGAGGUGCUGUACAGCGUCGAGCGCAGCGGCGCCGGGCUACUCGGCGUGCUGCGGCAUGGCGUGGAUAUGAUGGGCUAUGUCCUCGAAGAUGUUGACAAGAACACCAUCUCCAGCAGCAAAGAAAUUCAGGGAGAGAAAGCAGACGACCUGAGGCGGAGGAUGAAGAUCUGGAUCCCCCGCCGCUCCUCGACAAAGCAGACCCACCCGGGCAUGCUGGACAGUACCGUCGCCGGUGGGCUCAUGACGGGCGAGGUUCCCUUUGAGUGCAUGCUGCGUGAGGCUGACGAGGAGGCGUCCCUGCCUGAAGAUCUUAUGCGCCAGAGGUGCAAACACACCGGCAUCGUCACGUACAUGCAUAUCACUGACACCCGGGCUGGCGGCGAGGCUGGGCAUAUAUGCCCAGAGAUGCAAUGGGUUUACGAUAUUGAGCUGCCCGCGGAUGUGUUGCCAAAGCCAAAGGACGGCGAGGUCGCCGGGUUCGAGCUCAUGAGCGUGGAGAAGGUGCAGGAUGAGCUGGCAAAGGGCAGCUUCGAGCCUGCCUGUGCGCUCGUGCUGCUCGACUUUUUUGUCCGGCAUGGAAUCCUCACAAGGGGAAACGAGCCCGACCAUGAUGAGAUUGUGGCGAGGAUGCAUAGGAAGCUGCCACUGCCAGGGCCGCAUUUGGCUUAUGCUUUCUAAGUCACGAGUUGCGAAUCUGCGCAUAAUGCCCAGCUAGUAUCACUCGGUUUGGGUGACUUGGGACUAGGGUAGGGUGUGGCCUACACGGACACCGAUUUUGAAUCUGACUGUACCACGAGACGGCCCACGGCCUCGACUCCUACGCCACCUGCCACCGUGGCCCGAUGGGCGGCUUCUAGAUCACGCCCCUGUCGCGGCAGUGGGGAUGAUGUGAUUCCUGGCUUGUCUGGCCGAGCAGCCUUACGCAUUGUGCACUGUGGUUGAAUCAAGGCAGGAGACCGCAGCGGGCCCACCAGAAGCCCUCCUCGCACCACAAUUAAUAAG